AUGUCACAAAGUCCGUAUCAUAUUAGUUCACCUUUAUCUUCCCCUGAUGGCACUUCACUUAGUUCUGGUCUUGAGGAUGAAUCAGGACAACAAAGCUUAGAACGUAAAUUACGUAAAGAAUUAAGAAGAAGAAAACGUGAACAAAAAAAACUAGAGAUUGAAAUGGAACUCGAAAAAGAGGCUGAAGCAAGACGAAAAGAACGUAGUGUUACUUUAAAAAAAAUAGAAGAAGGUGAAGAAAAAGAAGAAGUACAUUUUCAAGAAUGGGCGAAAAAAAUUAAACAAUUGCAAGAAGAGGGUGAUAUAGAAAGACAAAGAGUUGAACGAGAAUUGGAAGAGGACAUCAUAAAAACUAGGAAAGCAAGAGAAGAAAGACGUCGAAGCAGUUCAGUGUUGACAACAACAACAAAUGAUCCAUUAAAAUCAUUGAAAAGAAAUUCAAUGGAUCCAUCAUUUGGAUCAUUAACCCCAAAGUCACUCGGUUCCCCUCCCGUAAAUUCUAAAAUAGAUUCAUUUGUAAUAACAAAAAUUUCGGAAGAACAAACUGCCAACAUUAAAAUAGAUAACGUAGAGACUAUCUCUAAUUCUUCAUUGACUUCUGAACCUCUACCGAUUAACGCGAAAAUUGAUAUCAAUAAUAACAAAGGUACCAAACAUCUAUCAGUAAUUGAACCAAGAAAAAAUACCAUUGAAGCUGUAGAAUCUUUAAUUAAAGAAGAUAAUGAUUCUAAAGAGGGUGAUGGAAUUACGUCAAGAUUAAUUAAAAGAUUUUCAAAUUCAAAUAAUUUAAAUCCUACCUCUCCAAGUCCAUCACCUCCAUCGAAACAACAACAACGUGGAAGUGUAGCUGCAAUUAUUCAACAACACAAAUUAAAAGAACACAAAACCGAGUUAGACAAAUCUCCGACUUCUCCUAUACCUAAGAAAAAGGUGUUAGAAAAUUGGGGUGGUGGGCAAUCGUUUGAUAAUUCUAACAAGGACACUGAUGUGACUAAAAGCAUAGGAUUUAAAAUUAGUCCAGUUAGUAAAAAAUCUGAUGAUGAAUAUGGAAAUAAAUCUUUUACACAACAUAAAAACAUUAGCGAUAAUGAAAUUAAUAAUUCUGUAACAACUUCUGAUUCUGAGAACAAAGACAUUAAAGACAUUAAUGAAAAAAAAAUUAAUUUGAAAACUAAUUCAUUUAGCAGUAAAACAGCAAAUGAAAAUAGUAAUGAAAUUAAUAAUAAUAAAAUUAGUAACAGAAUUAAUGUUAAAAUUGAAAAUAAAGAAGCGGAAACGCCCAAUAUCUCAAAAGAUUCUCAACAAAAGAAAAAGUCUUUGAUAGUUGAAAGUUCUCAGGAUAAGAAUCAAGAUAAGAAUCAGGAUAAGAAUAAGGAUGAGAGUGGUAAUGUAAAAUCUGUUAAAAAAACAGAAGAUACAGAUAUGAAAAAAGAGAAACCAAAAAUAGAAGUAGAAAUAAAAGGAGAUUUACCCAAAACUCCAGGAAAAAUUAAAUUUCCGGAAUUAUUUAAGGAAAAAGAAACCAAUAAUUUACCUCCUCGACUUAAAUCAGAAUUGCCACGCAAAAUGACUUCUCUUCUUACUGCAAAGUUUGAGGAUUCGGAAAAGAAAUCUCAGACAAUGACUAGUACGCAAAUUUGUGAAAAAGAUAAGAUUGAAGUUGAAAAGUCAAUAGAAAAGUCAAGUAAUAAAAUAACUGAAUUAAAUAAUAAAAAUGGUAACACGAGUACGAAAUUGGAGGAUAAGCCGAAAGUUCAAGAAAAGAAAGGGGAUUUACCAAAAGUUCCAGGAAAAUUAAAUGUAAAAGGAAUUUUCAAGGAAAAAGAAAAUAAUGUAUAUGCACAACCGAAACCUGAACCUCAGAGAAUAAAGAAAUCUCUUGUAGGUUCAGUGUUCGAGGAACUACAGAAAAAAAACGAAGGUAGUUCAGAUACUAAAUCAAAAACUCCGAUUGGUAAAAAAUAUGUUAAUGAUAGUAUUACUACUACGAAUUCCAACACAAACGUUCCUAUUACCUCUAAAAGUGAGGAAAAUUUGGUUAAACCCAAUUCAGAAUUUUCUAAUUCCAAAGUGACCAAAGAACAAGAUUCCAACUUGAUCAUUGAUCAAGUUGAACCUGAAGUACACAAAGUGAAAGAAAGUUCAUCUAAAUCUCCUGGAGGCUCACAAAUAGAUGAAAUAUCCGAGAAAAAAGAAAGUACUGAGUUACAACCUACACCAUCAGUAACAGAAACUUCAAGCAAGAAAUCUUUGCCUCAAGCUGGUAGAAAAGUUCUACUUGACAAAUUACCUUGGGUGGCUCAAAAAUCGAAUGAUAAUACGCCUUCAAAGUUAGACAAUUCAAUUUCGCAAAGAUUAGAAGGUGUUUUUGGAAAUAAAGUGGUGUUGCCUGGAAUGGGACGUGGAGGGAUGAUAAAAAAAGUUGACAUAAUUGGGGAAAAUGGAGAAAUUAGUAAUAAUAACAGUGGAGAAAAGAAAGAUGAGGAAGUUCAAACUAUUAAACCUUUAGUUCAUUUAACAAAAGAUAGACCAAGAAGACCUGGUAGGUUAAAACCACAGAUAAGUUCAGUAAAAUCUGUAAAUAAUGAUGUAAAUAAAUCAAAUGUAGUAGAAAGUGAUGAAAAAAAAGUAGGAAAUAUUUGA